CCUGGCUUCCGCCAUCCCACUAGUUGGCCCCACCUCGCUUGAGGUGUGCCAUCAGCAGUUGAGGAGGCAGUCAUCCUCACAUAUCUCCCUCUCUGGGCUGUCUUCAUCAUACAAGAGCUCGCAAUCCUCGUAGCAACAGCACUCUCUGUCCGGAUCAUCGAAACAACAUAUGUCCCCGUUCUCAUCGAUGCAGUCCUGCACACGACAAAUUGAUGUACACGCUCAACGACAACCCUCUUCUGUGAGAGUGCUUACUUGCUCCGGCGAAUUAUUUCCAAGCGCAGGGGGCACGUGUGCUGCCAGGAGAGCCACAAGGGCAACGACGAACCACAGGAACCUCAUACUUGUGAAGUGACAGCCAGCCACCAGAUGCACGCUGUAGAA